AUGUCUCUUAACAAUUCCAAAAAGCCAGUUAUUGCAGUCGUCGGCGCCGGACCCGGCAUAGGCGAAGCCGUCGCUCGUCGAUUCGCAAACGAAGGCUUUGUUGUUGCAUUGCUUGCGCGCACGGAGAGUGUACUCAAAUCGAUUGCCCAUGGAAUCGACAACGAUGUGGAAAAGGGAACAGCACAUUACUAUAUAACUGAUCUACGCAUCGAAAAUUCCGUUCUCUCCAGCUUCGAUCAGAUCCGCGCCGAUCUAGGACCUGUAUCAGUUCUUGUCUACAACGCCGGCGCUCGCCGAGUGAAUGGCCGCUCUAUUCUCGACACGACAACUGAAGAAUUCGAGAACUUCACCAAGAUCAAUCUCUUCGGAGCUUUCUGGUCCUGCAAAUGCGUACUUCCUGACAUGCUCGUGGCCGGAAAGGGUACAAUCCUUUUCACCAGUGCUACAGGUGCACUUCGUGGCAUGCCAGGCCUCGCAAGCUUUUCGCCUGGCAAGUUUGGACUUCGAUCACUCUGCCAAGUCCUCACGCGCGAGUAUCAGAGCAGAGGCAUUCAUUCGGUCAACAUUAUCGUCGAUGGGCCGGUGGACGGGAAGUUGAUAGGUGGCGUUGUGAGAAGGAAAUGGCAGCGGGACGGAAGUGAAGAAAAGUUGAAGGAAGUUACCUCGUACUUGAUGCAGCCAAGCGAUCUGGCAGAGACGUACUGGUUCCUUCAUAUGCAACCAAGGAGUACUUGGACUCAGGAGUUGGAUGUUCGUGCUAUGAAGGAGUCGAUGUUCUCGAAAUUGUGA